GUUGUGCCCGCGCGCGCACGGUCACCUACACCACCACCUCCUCUAUCAUCAUCGUCGUCGCCCCCCUCACCACACUGUUCUCGUACCUAGACCGGUCACACCGCCCUCAGCUCUUGCCAUCACCGCAGCGACGUCACUCCACUACGACUACGGCUGUUCAUUGCGUUUGCUGUGUGGCGCGGUUACGACGUUACGUUCAGUUUCCGUGUGUACGYGCCCGUGUAUACGCGGUUUUGAUAUCCGUCGUUCGUGUUCUCGCGCGUACGGAUUAUUAUUAUUACUAUUGAUUUGGUUUUUUUUCGUAUUUUUUUUUUUUUAAAUUUUUAAUUUGGUCAUAUGGAUUUUAAUCUAGUGACGUUUAUUGAAAGCAAAUACAAUAACGGCUCAACGACAACAUCAAGUGUGCAGUGCUGSUAAAUAAUAAUAUAUCUGUCGACUACCAUUAGACCACGCGCAAAUAUCGUCCAAAAAAUCAUGCAGAUGAGUAAGCGACAACACUGUUACCUGUGCGACUUGCCCCGUAUGCCAUGGGCAAUGUUGCACGAUUUCACCGAGCCCGUGUGCCGCGGGUGCGUCAACUACGAAGGAGCCGACCGCAUUGAGUUGGUGAUCGAAACGGCCAGGCAAAUGAAACGGGCCCACGGAUUCCAGGAAUCAGCCCGGUCCACGGCCGUGGGCGGUGGGUCCACUGCCGUCAACGCGCACCACCCGAAAAACUCGCAUCGACACGAAAACGGUACUCUGGAAGUGGUUGGAUUGCCACCGCAAGCACACCAGCUGGCCGCACGACAAACACAACAACCUCCACCGCCUCCGCCACCGGCCGCGGCCACAUCGCACUAUGCGGCCCUGCACCAUCAGCGGUCCACACUCAUGGAAUAUCCCGGUAGGCCGGGUGGCGGUCACGUUGUCGACCACGAGGUGGCCAUGAGUCGGACAUCGGUGCGCUUGUCGCAGAGCCAGCAGCAACAACAACAACAGCAACAGCAACAGCAACAGCAACAACAACAACAGCAACAGCAACACAUGGCGCAUCACAUUCCGAGCCGAGCCCAAGCCGGUGGCCAGGGCCUGAAACGCGGGCUGAGCACGCAAGCCGAUGACGACGAUCACCACUCAGAAGGCAACAAGCGCAUGAUGGAAGAACAGCAGCAGCGACCGCCGCUACAGAGAGGCGAAUCGCUGCCAGCCGUCAGUCUCGCCGUUCCUUUCGUUGAGCGGUCGUUCAAAGCCGAACCUAAACACCCAAUCAGGACCACAUCAUUCGACACGUCCACGUUCAAGACAUCCAGUGGAUAUGCGUCGGCCGCCGUGGCACAACAAUGCAUGACCAACGGAAACGGACCGGCGGCUGGAUCACCGCUGGCCGCCGGCCGGACGACCGGGUCGCCGACGGACGGGCCACCGUCCAUGCAAACGAUCGGUGCUGGCGGCGGCGGGCAGCCGGGCGCGCAAAAUCAGCAGAACGGGCCCAGCAACCCGAUGGCGGCGCUGAUGAGCGUCGCCGAUAACCUGCCGCCCGGUUCUCCACAGAGCGCCCGCGGCAGCCCGCCCGGUUCCAUCGGUCCCACCGCCCAGGCGCCCGGUGGUCCCAGGUCUGCAUCCCGAGGAUCUCAACACUCGCCAAACUCCACCGGCGGUUCGUCCAGCGGACGUAGGUCAUCCGGAAGUCGUCACGUCAGCUCCACAACUGUGACAUCUAGUGAGGCCAACGGCGGCAAUGCUCCCGGUUCCGGCGUGCCCGGCGUCAAUGGUCCCGGCGUUAACGGCCCAGGUGGCGUCGGCGGUCCAGCCGCCAACGGUAAUGGUGGAGGGAGCGCUUUGAACGCAUCAGUUCCUGUUGGCGGUGGUUCUGAUGGCGUCGCAUCCGGAACACCUAUGGACGGCACCACACCAACGUUGCCGCAAGUUCCACCCUCUGUGCCGCUGACGAAUGCGUCGGCUGCCGCCGCGGCCGCGGCCGCAGCCGCCAACACAGCUACUCUCAAGUGCACGCUGUGCCAAGAGCGGUUGGAAGACACGCACUUUGUCCAGUGCCCGUCCGUUCCYCAUCACAAAUUUUGUUUYCCGUGCUCGAGGGACAGCAUCAAACGACAGGGAGCCGGCUCCGAGGUGUAUUGUCCUAGUGGCGAAAAAUGCCCACUGGCUAAUUCAAACGUGCCCUGGGCUUUCAUGCAAGGCGAGAUAGCCACCAUACUGGGCGAAGAAUUCAAAGUGAAAAAAGAACGAGACUCAUAAAUUAUAUUAUAAUUAUUAUUUUUUUUAUUUUUAUUGAUUACGUCAUAUUAUAGUAUAUACUGUGUAAACAUGUUUCACAUAAUCAUAUUAUUAUGUUAUAUGAAACUUCACCUCCUACAGAUCCUAUCAGAUUAUCAGACUUCUAGGCCUGGAAGGAUCAAGGCCUCGGGUGUAAAAUAUGCAUUUAUUUAUUAAGCCCUCUGUAUAUUACAUUAUGUAUAAAAUAAUUUUAUUACGUUACGUGAAAAUGCCAAUAGCUAUUAUAACGGUGUUGUACGUUCCCGUAGGGGCAAUCCUUUAUUUUUACUUUUUAGGCAAAAUUUAGAAUAAUUUUAGCCUUGUUAUGUUCUUGUUUCCCCGCCGUUUUCYUUCGAAAUCUCGCUGUCGACGAGACAUGGAAGGGAGACUAAAGGKAGCAAUCUUUGGCGUCAAGACUGAGUCAAGUCGUGUUUGUAUUUUACAUUUUUUAAGUAAAACAAUUGUUAAGAAAAACGGUCCUAAGACUGUGCUAGUCAAAGCAAAUAUAUGUAUAUUAGUAUUAUAUAUAAAUCUUAAGUGCACAAAAUGUAUAUUACUGUUUUUUAGCUUUAAAUUAUGUACCCUAAAGUUAAUUUUUAGGCCGGUAGCGUUGAAACUACGUUUGAAAUUUUUGUUUUCGAACAGAGAUCAAUUGUAAAGGAACUCACAAUCUCGCUUGUUUGCAUCUCGUGCGUGUGUAUAUAUUUUGUAAAAAAUAUUAUCGUACUAGAUUUUGUGGUUUCUCCCCACCCGUCGCCUCUUCCCUAAUGUAUUUUAAUAAUAAUAAAAAUACAAAUCGGUAAUCAUCAGA